GGGACAGUAUUUACGAGCGGACUGACUGGUGCAAGGAGCCAUUCAGCGAUUAUUCGCAUAUUAACGUUAAAAUCACGUUGAUAGUACAGUAUGUCGUUACAUACACCAAAACAAAAUUACCAGUAGACACGAAGUGGAGACUUUAUAUUAAAGUAACGUGUAUAUAAUUGCGACAAUAUGGCGGCGCCCGUUGCUGCGCUCUCCUCUUCAACCUAACCAGCAGCGUUAUUUUGGGAACCAGUCACACAGAGACAAUGUGGCUGACAGCUCGCAGCCUGUCCAAAGUGCUGCAGCUCACCCUGGCGGUGAUCAAACCAGAUGCUGUAGCUCAUCCUGUGAUGCUAGAGGCUCUUCACCAGACAAUCCUGGACAACAAGUUUGUGAUUGUUAGAUGCAAAGAUCUCGUGUGGAGGAGACAGGACUCCGAGAGGUUUUAUGCUGAACAUUCAGAGCGAUUCUUCUACCAAAGACUAGUUGAAUUCAUGUCAAGUGGUCCGAUGCGAGCAUACAUUUUAGCCAGAGAGGACGCCAUACGUCACUGGAGAGAACUGAUGGGACCGACCAAAGUGUUCAGAGCCAGAUAUACUGCACCUGCUUCCAUCAGGGCCCAGUUUGGACUCACGGACACACGAAACACAACUCACGGCUCAGAUUCAGUCGAGUCGGCACAAAGAGAAAUCCGUUUCUUCUUCCCAGACUUCUGCGCAGAGGAGUGGAUGGAGAAGGAAGAGACAUCGUUCCGAUCAGGACAAAUGCAUUACGACGAUCAAAAACACAUCCAUACACUUUCAAUGCAAAGCUGAUCCCAGAACUGCUGUCUGUCACUGAUCUCCAGGGACCUCUUAGAAACUCUGCAAUUGUUAAUCGAUUGCUUGUACAACAAAAUGCAAGCUUCCAGAGAAGAUGCUACAUAUACAUACAUAUAUAUAUAUAUAUAUAUAUAUAUAUACAUACACAUAUAUAUAUAAUAAUGUAUUCUGUGUGAUGAUCCCAGAAAAGCACACGUUUAAUAUUUUUUGUUUGCCAGCACAGUUUGUCAAAGUGCCAACAUGUUUAUCCCAUGUUUCUGUCAUUAAAACAUGUCCAAGAUAUACAGCUUUAAGAAGUGAUUCAAAAUAAGGACAAGGGAUAAGCGAGUACACCAUUAUCUGUAUGUGUUCAACCAACUAAAUUAUGGAACGGACGGGGCUUAAACAGGACAUGGGCGGGACUAACCGUCCAACAAGUUUUAUAUUUAUUGUUUAUUAGAAAACGGAUAUACACAUUUUACUCUGAUACUCAUACUUGUAAAAAGUACAUUAUCUGUACCGGAUACACCAUCAGCCGAGUACUAGCUCAACCCUUAUAAGGACCAUAAAUGUUUCAUUAUUUGUCAUUAGAAAACACGAAUGACUACAUAAAAAAAUGUAACACUGUAUUGUACAAAACAACACGAUGUAGUAAGACAACUUUUUACAUUGUCGUCAUCACAAACUCCUGUCCAAGGCUUCACUGUAAAUAGUGCAAUCAUCAGCCAGUUUCUGUUUCCUGAGCCAUACAGAUUGUAGCACAGCAGCAGCUACAUGUCAAAUAACAAAACUGCAAAAUAUUUAUCAUUUGUAAAUAUUCAAUGAAGUGAAAUAAUACUUUAAUAAUAGAUUUACACACAUAUUUAUCCUAAAAGCGUCUUAUAAGUUGGGAUUAAAAAUGCUUUUUUCUUGCUUUUUGCUGAAUACAGAAUACUAUGAAUUUUUCAUUUAUUUUUGGCCUGACACUGUGUGUAGUGUAAAAUGUAUGUUUUGUAUUUUCUCUGACCAACCUACAGUUUUACAUGUCAAUGUCUUCAACGUGUCAAAGUAAAGUCAAACUCAGGCACCCUAGAAAUAGAUCUUACAGUAUUAAAUACAUUAUGGCCUAGUUGAAGGUCUUUUUUUAAAAGAAACAUGUUUUCAAUAUGACAAUCUAAAUUGUACAGUUUAUAGUCUCAGAGCAGAGUCACGCAUCCUUGCUGUGCUUUCGUCAGCCAUCAGACCGUAAAGAUUUUUCCACAAAUACACAAUCGCUUCACUUAUUUCACAGUUUUUCUUUGGCUUCUCCCAGUGUCCCUUGCGCUCAAGUGUUUAGUGUGGCCACCUGUUUGAGGGUUUCCACAGGUUUCAUAACCUCGUAGGUGGUGAGGGACUUCUUCACCUUCCCGUUCUUGUCCACCUGAUGGAUGCUCUGUGUCACUGUGAUGGUUACCUGCUUGGUCGACAUCCGAUUGUCCUGCCAUUUUGUCUGAUAAUGAUGCAGAAUGAAAGACGGGGCAUUAUAAAAUGAACAAUGCUAACAAUGUAAAAUUUGUUUAGAUUACAGAUUGUGGCAGAUUAUCCAGUAAGGUCAUCCAAAAUCUGAUCAGAUCAUCUGUGGUGCAAGAAUAUAUAUAUAUUUAAAAUCAUGGAUUGUCCUUUAGCUGCUGUGUUCUUGCGCAUGUUCUCCCAGAACUUGUACUCAAUAAAUUAACAUAAAAGAA